GCUAACUCUCCAGGCUGGACCUAAGUAUGCACGCUGGAGCCUUCAUCAACUUUGUGUGGGCUCUUUCCCUCGUCAGCCUCCUCGCCGCUGUGCCACCAAGCCCUUCAUUCAGUCUAAAGAAUUUACCCUCGACCGCCUGCAGAUUGCCUCCGGCUGUAUCAGAGAAGCGUUGUAGAACUCCUGAUGGGUCAAUAUGUAGUGGCAGGGGCAGCUGCGACUGUGGAAUAUGCUUGUGUGAAGUUAAGGAGGCUGGAAAGUACUAUGGGCCAUUAUGCGAGUGCCACGAUUGGGUAUGCCACACCUAUGAUGGACAAGUAUGUGCAGGACAUGGGCAGUGUGACUGUGGAGUGUGUAAGUGUGAUGUUGGCUGGUCUGGAGAAGCCUGUCAGUACCCAACAACAUGUGACUUGACUCGAAAGAAAAGUAACGAAAUGUGCAAAAAUUCUCAAGCAGUCAUAUGCUCCAAUGCAGGAACCUGCCAGUGUGGAAGAUGUAAAUGUGAGAAUUCAGACAACAGUGGCCUUAUUUAUGGAAAGUAUUGUGAAUGUGAUGAUACAGAAUGCUUUGAUGAUGAAACCCAAGAAAUAUGUGGGGGCCAUGGAAAGUGUUACUGUGGAAACUGUUACUGCGAGGCUGGUUGGCAUGGAGAUAAAUGCGAAUUCCAGUGUGACAUCACCCCUUGGGAGAUCAAGAAGAGAUGUACAUCUCCAGAUGGCAAAAUCUGCAGCAACAGAGGAACUUGUGUGUGUGGUGAAUGUACAUGUCAUGAUGUUGACCCGACUGGAGACUGGGGAGAUAUUCACGGAGACACCUGUGAGUGUGAUGAAAGGAAUUGCAAAUCGGUCUACGACAGAUAUUCUGAUGACUUCUGCUCAGGUCACGGUCAGUGUAACUGUGGCAGAUGUGACUGUAAAGAUGGCUGGACUGGAAGAAAGUGUGAACACCCACGUGCAUGUGCCUUGUCAAUAGAGGAAAACAAGAAAAAAUGUCAAGGUAGUGCAAGUCAGCCUUGCUCAGGACGAGGGAAAUGUGAAUGUGGCCAGUGCACUUGUUUUCCUCCAGGAGAUAGCAAAGUGUAUGGAAAAAAUUGUGAGUGUGAUGAUCGACAGUGUGAAGACCUAGAAGGCAAAAUCUGCGGAGAACAUGGAACCUGUUCUUGCGGUCGAUGCAUUUGUGAGGCUGGGUGGUUUGGAAAGCUGUGCCAACAUGAAAGAAAAUGUAAUAUGACAGAGGAGGAAAGCAAAAGCCAGUGUGAAUCAGAUGAUGGCAUAUUGUGCUCUGGGAAAGGUUCCUGCCACUGUGGAAAGUGCAUCUGUUCACCACAGGAGUGGUAUGUUUCUGGGGAAUUCUGUGAAUGUGAUGACAGAGACUGUGACAAACACGAUGGCCUUAUUUGCACAGGCAACGGAAUAUGUAACUGUGGAAACUGUGAAUGCUGGGAAGGAUGGAACGGAAAUGCCUGUGAGAUAUGGCUUGGAAGCGAAUAUCCUUAACGUUAGCAAGAAUAACAACAACACGUGCAAAGGCAAAUGGAAAAACAAACUAUGGAAAAUGACAUGAAUCUUUUCUCUUUUUCAAUAGCCUGUUAGAAUGUAUAACACAAGCUGAAUAUACUCACCAUCACUAGGGCCGCUCAAACAGACUAAGCCCUGUAUGAUUUACAUUAUUUUUUUUCUUGGAUGAACAAAAUUCUGAUUAACCAUGAAAUGUUUGCAUUUGUGCUGUGAUAUGCAUGAAAGGAGAAAAAAAAUGUUUUUUGCAUAAUUUACAUGGUUAUCAGAAUAAAAAAUUAAAAAAGGGAAA